CGUUCUAGUUAGUGAGAGUUGAGACUCGUAGUUUGUGCAUCUCAAUUAAGUUAAUGUUUCAUUAUGUGGAUCAUAGGAGCUUCUUCCUCCUUAAUGUCUACCAUAUUCCUUUCUUACAGAUUCAGAUUGAUGGUCAAGAAAUAAGAGAUUUAAGUUUGGAAAGUCUCCGUAAGUGUAUCGGUGUUGUGCCACAAGAUACUGUACUCUUCAAUGACACAAUAUUUCACAAUAUUCAUUAUGGACGAUUAUCUGCAACAGAAGAGGAGGUCUUUGAUGCUGCUCGGUGUGCAGCUAUUCAUGAUACCAUCAUGAAUUUCCCAGAAAUGUAUUCUACUAUUGUUGGAGAGAGAGGACUUAAGUUAAGUGGAGGAGAGAAGCAACGUGUAGCUCUUGCCCGUGCAUUUUUGAAGGCACCUUCAAUUUUGUUGAAAUUAAGAAAGGAGGCGAGGACUUGUGCGGGAAACUUUCCAAGCACGAAUUCUCAAGGAUUGUGUGAUGAAGCUACGAGUGCACUGGAUAGUACAACCGAAGCUGAAAUUUUGAAUGCAUUGAAACCAUUGUCAACAAAUCGGACUUCCAUCUUCAUAGCUCAUAGGCUAACAACAGCCAUGCAGUGUGAUGAGAUUAUUGUUCUAGAAAAUGGCAAGGUUGUAGAACAAGGACCCCAUGAAGUUCUUCUAUCAAGAGCUGGAAGAUACUCCCAGUUAUGGUUGCAGCAGAACAGCACAGAUUCUAUAGAUACAGCUCUUAAACUGGGAGCAUGAAAUUCUUUCUUCUCACAAAGCUCUUACUUUUCUCGGCCAAGAGAUGAAGAAAAAGAAACCAAGUUUGUUUUCUUCCCCAAACAUGUUGGUAAGUUCUAUAUUUUAUAUUUCUAUUUUCUUUGUAACAUAAAUGCAUUAUUGAUGAAUAUUUAUCAUUCUUAGCAUGCUAUUAAUAUACCCCCCAAUAAAAUAUUAUGUAUAUUUUUUUCAUAUAUUUCUUGAGAAAGUUCUAA